CAUUCAUAGCCCUGGUGGGGCUCUGUGUUCUGUUGUGAGUCUGGGGCAAGGUUCUCUCGACUGUGCUGAAGUCAGGACAGGCAUGUGCAGCAUCUGAUCUGGGAAACGCAGUGCGAGACCGCUCAACAUGCUCGGGAAGGACUACAUGCUGGCUAUCAUCAUUGUCAACUAUGAUGAUAACAUCUGGAAUGACCAGAACCUGGAGGCAGACCGGGACCUGCCUCCAGGCUGGCGUACCAUCCGGGAUGCCACCGGCACCUACUACUGGCACAUCCCUACGGGAGCCACACAGUGGCAGCACCCAGCCUACAGUGCUGAGGAGGACCCGGAAGCCACUAACGACAUCACUUCCUGUAACCGCAAGAGCCAGGGCGUGGCUGGGAGGAGAGAGUCUAGAGAGAGGCCAAUGGAGAGCCCUGGGGCCUCCGUAAAUAAUGAGAGGGGACCCCAAGCUUGGCGUGAUUAUUAUUUACGCAGCAACCCAGACCCAGAAUCCAAGCGUUUCGCAGUGCGCUCUCUGGGGUGGGUGGAAAUCCCGGAGGAGGACCUGACUCCUGGGAAGAGUAGUAUCGCUGUCAAUAACUGCAUCCAGCAGGUGUCCCAAGGCAAGACCGAGGACAGGGAUGAUGCAGGGGCCUGGGGGGAGGGCCAGGACAUGGUGAUGGUGCUGAAGAAGGACACGCUCAGCCUGGUGGACCCCCAUGACCACAGACUCAUCCACUGCCAGCCCAUAGCCAACAUCCGAGUAUGGGGCGUGGGCUGCAACAAUGGCAGAGAUAGGGACUUUGCCUUCGUGGCGGGCGACAAGGACGCCUGUGCGCUCAAGUGCCACGUGUUCCGCUGCGACGUCCCAGCAAGAGCCAUCGCCUCUGCGCUGCACGCGGCCUGCUCCAAGAUCAUGGCGGAAAAGGCGGUGAAGCCCUCCUCGGUGCCACGAUCCCUCACCAUGGAGACCAUCUCUCCAGAGGACCUGCCCUUGCAAGUGGAUUUCCUGGAUUCUGUGAGGCAGAGGGUGCAGAGGUUUCAGGUGGAGUACGUUGGGCACCUGCCUGUCCCUCGGGCUAUGGGCAUGGAGGUGCUGAACAGAGCCAUCGGGAGCAUCAUGGACACAACGAGGAGGGAAGAGUGGGAGAGCACCGUCAUCCACGUGUCCGACACGGUGCUGUCGGUAUGGAGAGAAGAGGAUGAAGAGGACCCCAUUUGGGAGUGCCAGGUGAGAUACCUGACGUUUCUUGGGGUGGGUCAGAACACCCACACCUUUGCCAUGAUCGUGGAUGGAGGGUCGCAGCGGUUCGAGUGCCAUGUCUUCUGGUGUGAACCUGACGCUGGCAUCAUCUCCGAGGCUGUCCAAGCAGCAUGUAUGGUUCAGUACCAGAAGUGCCUGGUGUCCCAGACCCCACCGCCCCGGUCCAAAGUGUGGCGGGCUGGCUCCAAGGUGAAGCGGGCCAACUCUGUGGACAGUUCCUCCUUCCCGACUUCUCACCAUGGACACUUGUCCCCAAAACCAGGGACGUCCGGCGUUAAGAAGGGCAUGCUAGCUUUUUUUGAGACCUUCCGAAACAAACAGUCGGUUGUACCCAUGCCCUAAUGG